AUGGCCUCGCUCAUCGUGGUGACCGAGUACGACGCCACGGGGAGCGCGAGCGAGGAGGAGGAGAUGAAUGUGCCCCAUGGUGAGGGUUUUGGGGACGGCCGGGAGCCAAGGGCGAAGCUGCACCUCUCCGGCCGAAAGCUCUCCCUGCAGGAGCGGUCGCAGCCUGCCCGCUCGCCUGGGAACGGUGAUGGCACCAAUGAACGCUUCAUCUACCCGUCCCUCCCUUACUCUCCGGUGACGUCCCCGCACUCCUCCCCGCGGCUGCCGCGGCGGCCGACGGUGGAGUCAAACCGCGUGUCCAUCACCGGACUGCAGGACUGUGUGCAGCUCAACCAGUACAAGCUGAAGGAUGAGAUCGGGAAGGGCUCCUAUGGGGUGGUGAAGCUGGCCUACAACGAGGAUGAUAACACCUACUAUGCAAUGAAGGUUCUCUCCAAAAAGAAGCUGAUGAGACAGGCGGGCUUCCCCCGCCGCCCGCCGCCCCGUGGGGCCAAGGCUGCCUCCGAGGGCUGCCUGCAGCCCAAAGGGCCCAUCGAACAGGUCUACCAGGAAAUUGCCAUUCUGAAGAAGCUGGACCACCCCAAUGUGGUGAAGCUGGUGGAGGUCCUGGAUGACCCCAGCGAGGACCACCUGUACAUGGUGUUUGAACUGGUGAAGCAAGGCCCCGUGAUGGAAAUCCCAACCCUGAAACCUCUCAGUGAGGACCAGGCUCGUUUCUACUUCCAGGAUCUGAUCAAGGGCAUUGAAUACUUGCACUAUCAAAAGAUAAUCCACCGGGAUAUUAAACCUUCCAACCUCCUCGUGGGGGAAGACGGGCAUGUCAAAAUCGCUGACUUCGGAGUGAGCAACGAGUUCAAGGGAGCUGAUGCCCUCUUAACCAACACGGUGGGCACUCCCGCCUUCAUGGCACCUGAGACGCUCUCGGAAACCAGGAAAAUCUUCUCUGGAAAGGCUUUGGACGUCUGGGCCAUGGGGAUCACACUGUACUGCUUCGUGUUUGGGCAGUGCCCUUUUAUGGAUGAACGGAUCCUGAGUUUACACAAUAAAAUCAAGACCCAAACGUUGGAGUUCCCAGACCAGCCAGAAGUUACGGACUUCUUGAAGGAUUUGAUUACACGGAUGCUGGAUAAAAAUCCCGAAUCUAGGAUUUCCGUCCCAGAAAUCAAGGAAAGUACUGUGCAACAGCCUUUCGCAGGAGAUUUCUGGUCCUCCGCCCCUGUGAGAGCCUGGAAGGGGCGAGAAGCUGAGAAAAUGGAGACUAAGUUGCACCCUUGGGUCACCAAGAAUGGAGCGGAGCUGCUGCCCACGGAGGAUGAGAACUGCACCCUCGUCGAGGUGACAGAGGAGGAGGUGGAGAAUUCAGUCAAGCACAUCCCCAGCCUGGCCACCGUGAUCUUGGUUAAAACGAUGAUCCGGAAGCGAUCCUUUGGGAACCCAUUCGAGGGGAGCAGGAGGGAGGAGCGGUCGUUGUCUGCCCCUGGGAACCUGCUGCCGAAACAAGGCAGCGAAGAUAAUCUGAAAUGCAACGACUUGCCCAACGUGGGAGAGGAGGAACUUCUUUCGUGA